AUGGCGGGAUCAAUGGUUACAGUACCAAUCAAUCACUUGGAAAUGGAAAACCCUAAGCAUUCGCACUCGCAAAUCUCCCCAAUCAUAGAUCAAUGGCAAAUCCAAUAUGCACGCUUCAUUAACUGCAGCUCCUCCAAUGUCAGCCGCACUCGUUCUUCUCUCUCGCCCCUGGCCGCCGUCCAAAAGCAGCGCCUCCGUGGCGGCACGUGGAUUUCCUCCUCCUCGUUCACGGCCUGUCUCAAGCUUGUAUCAGAUCACUCUAACGGAUUUUCCGAUGCCAUUCUCUUGCUCUCUCUCCGAGCUAAAGUCCUCGUAAGUCCAAAAUCAGAUCGCGUAUUUGUACAGGAGGAGCAUUAUAUCUCAAAGCUUCAGUUCUCAUGGCCUCAAGUGUCAUGUGUAUCUGGAUUUCCUUCUCGUGGGAGCAGAGCUGUUUUCGUUAGUUACAAAGAUGGAGUAGGCCAGAUCCAGAAAUUUGCAAUCCGGUUUUUGAGCAGCUUUGAAGCUGAAAACUUCAUGAAUGUUUUAAAGGAAAUCUUGGAUAGUGCAAGUCAAGGGCUUCCAUGCGACUCUGACCUAUCUUAUCAAGAUGAGUCUGUACGUUCAAUUGGACCUGCAUACAGGCCCGAGGAAAACUGGCAGUAUACAACUUCUGCAGACACGAGUAUACAUCUGAUACCACCAAUUGAUGAGGCUCAAGAUUCAAAUCCACAGGAAAGUUCACAAAAUGUUGCUGAUGAAGAGCUACUUCCAGCUUUUCCUCCCAGUUUCACAUCAUUAUUGAUGAACCAUUGCCCUGCUGCCAACAAAGCAAAACCAGCAGAGACCGAGGAAGUUGAUCUUAAAACCCAAAUAAUGCAAUAUCUUGAAGGUUCUUCUUUCAAAGAUAUAGUGGAUACGGUAGAGAAUGUCAUCAAGGAAUUGGGAGAUGAUAUACUGCUCUAA